UCAAACAUUUUGACAAUAAAAAUUGAAUUUUCCAUGGUUUUUUUUCAACAACAAAACCAACUAAAUCUUGAAGAAUUACCAUUUUCAUAGCCUUAAAGGCUAAAAAUCCCACAACCCCACAAGCAAUUCUUGAAAAAAAAAAUCUCAUUUUUUUUGUCAUCUUGACAUGUUUUUAGUACUAAUAGAAGCUUAGUGUUCUAAUUUCUCUAUUCUUGACAUAAAAAUCUCAUCUUUUUGUCAUCUUGACAUGUUUUUAGUACUAAUAGAAGCAUAGUGUUGUAAUUUUCUAUUCUUGAAAAAAAAAAUUCAUUUUUUUUGUAUCUUGAUAUGUUUUUAGUACUCAUAGUGUUGUAAUUUCUCUAGUCUUGAAAAAAAAAAUCUCAUUUUUUUGUAUCUUGAUAUGUUUUUAGUACUCAUAGUGUUGUAAUUUCUCUAUUCUUGAAAAAAAAUCUCAUUUUUUUGUAUCUGAUAUGUUUUAGUACUCAUAGUGUUGUAAUUUCUCUAUUCUUGAAAAAGAAACUCAUUUUUUUUGUAUCUUGAUAUGUUUUUAGUACUCAUAGUGUUAUAAUUUCUCUGUUCUUUGAAAAAAAAAUCUCAUCUUUUUUGUGAUCUUGACAUGUUUUUAUUACUAAUAGAAGCAUAUAGUAGUGUAAUUUCUUUUAUCUAUUCUUGAAGAGUUUCAAUUAGCCUAAAUCCCACAACCCCACCAAGCAAUUCUUGAAAUCUUUUUGCUCAAAUUUUGUCCUUAUGCCAUGUUUUUAGUGCUAGUAGAAGCAUAGUGAAGAUUUAAUACUCAUCUUUUUAUACCCCUCAAGCAAUUCUUGAUUUUUUUUGCUCAAUUUUGGUCCAUAUGACAUGUUUUUUAAGUAAUGGAUAUUGUUGUUAUUUUUCUUGAUCCUUAAGUACAUAUAUUGAUAUAGUGAUACUCCUUCUGAAUCUACUGACUCUGGAUCCUGAAUUCGCGUGUUUGAACAAUUGAAAUGCCAUUUUCGAGGAAAACAUUUUCAUUGUUUUUAAGUUCUUCUGCUUCUACUUCACCUUCUCAUGAGUCUCCUAAGACUUAUGGAGGUGGAGGAGGAAAGCGGCUUACUCGUCUACGUAAAUUGAGACAUGUUGGUGAUGAUGAGAUUGAUUUGCAGCCAAAUGAUUUUGGUUCUCAAUCUAUGCCUGUUUCUCCUGAUUCCUAUAAGAAUUCAGGAUCAUCAGGGUCUCAAUCAACUCGGUGUCAACAGCGUUGUCGUUGGUCUAAGUCCGUCGAGCCUCAGCCUUUGCCAUUACCUGAGUUCAAUUCUGUGCCAAAACAAAGUACUAGUGAUGCUAAUUUGCCUACCAGAGUACUGCAAGGGGAUGCUUCAAAUCCUGCUGUUAUAAGGGAUCCUUCUCAUCAAACUCCAGUGGAGAUGGCAGAUCCUGUGCAUAAAAGAUCAUCUACUCCAACUUAUCGUCGUCGACGUUUCAGUCAGGAUCAGAAUUCUAAAGGUGUUGAAGAGAACUUCAGGCUUAAUGUCCCUGCUAGAAGUGCUCCAGGCAGUGGUUUUACAAGUCCGACUCUUAGCCCGAAAAGAUAUAGCACAGUAGACCUUUUCCAUCCUACAUUUCAUCAGGCAUCACCACCUACAGCCACUUCUUCGGAUAGAUGGGUAGGUUAUUCUGCCCAACUUUUGACAGCAAGGUUUACACAAAGUGCUGAUCAUUCUCCCCUUAGUAGCCCGGCUCGACAAAAUCUAGUAAACAAAACUUUGAAUCACCAAAAUGUUGCUGUGCAUUCACAUCACAAAUCACUCCCGGAAAGUCCUGUGGAUUGGCCUGAAGGCAAUAAUGUGCACCCUCUACCACUUCCCCCCGGAGUUUCACAACAGCCACAGUUACCCACCACUCAAAACAAUACGGAUAAACCAGAUAUACCAUAUGUAAAAGGCCAAUGGCAAAAGGGGAAACUUUUAGGUCGUGGUACUUAUGGAAGUGUAUAUGAAGCUACUAACCGUGAAACCGGUGCUUUGUGUGCCAUGAAAGAAGUUGAUCUCAAUCCAGAUGAUCCUAAAUCUGCCGAAUGUAUAAAGCAGCUAGAACAGGAAAUACGAGUUCUCCGACAGCUGAAGCACCAAAAUAUUGUUCAAUAUUACGGCAGUGAAAUAAUGAAAGAUAGUUUUUGCAUAUAUCUGGAAUAUGUUCAUCCAGGAUCAAUUAAUAAGUUUGUCCGGGAUCAUGGUGGAGCUAUGACAGAGUCAAUAGUUCGAAACUUUACGAGACAUAUAGUAUCAGGCCUGGCUUACUUGCACAGCACUAAGACGAUACACAGGGACAUAAAGGGGGCAAAUUUGCUUGUCGAUGCAUCAGGAAUCGUCAAGCUUGCAGACUUUGGAUUAGCAAAACAUCUGUCGAGUCAUGCAACUGAGCUAUCGCUAAAAGGGAGUCCACACUGGAUGGCUCCAGAGGUAAUGCAGGCUAUGUUACGGAAAGAUGCCAAUCCAGAACUUGCCUGUGCUAUUGAUAUAUGGAGCCUAGGUUGUACUGUAAUUGAAAUGUUUACUGGACAGCCCCCUUGGAGUGGAUUAGACGGGGUGAAAGCUAUGUUCAGUGCACUAAACAAAUCACCACCUGUACCAGAAACGUUGUCUUCGGAAGGAAAGGAUUUCCUCCGAUGCUGCUUUCAGAGGAAACCUGCAGAUAGACCAACAGCUUUGAUGCUACUUGAGCAUCCUUUCUUAAGUAAUACUAAUUCGCGUGAAAAUAGUGCUACUGUUUCAGGUUCCUCAGAAGAUUUUUCGCGGAUGAAAUUACAUAGUCCAAAGGACAUGACAAACCAUAUCAUGGAAUUGAAUUCAUCUAGGCAAACAAAAUCUCCAUAUAACAGUGAAACAAGCCAUCAAUCACAUUCUGUAACGUGCGAUUAUGGAGCAACUUCUCACCACUCUCCUCGUUCAACACUCGAAAUACUUCCUUGUAUUUCUUCACCAGAGCUGAACCCUAGUACAUUUGCACCAGCCAAAUCCUCAAAUAGUAUUUUCUCUCCUUUGAACUGAAAAUACAAGUGCUUAUGUGAUAUUGUCUGCUUUCGCGCGGAUUUAACAAGUGUCGCUAGUGUGUAAGACCUGGUUACUUAUAUACACAACAUCUUGACGAUGUGAAACUUCUUAUCGUAAGUUGGAGUGUCACACUUUUGUACAUACUACAUUAGUUAGAGACAAAAAGGGCACAUAGUAGUUGCAGUAUUGUAUCCUGUGUACAUUGACUAUAUUUUUAAUUUUUUUUUGUGAAAUUGAUGUUUUUUUAGCUA